GCACCGCAAAGACGACGGCAACCCGUUGUGCCACUGGCUCUCUUCCGGCUUCUCCGUUGGUGACAACUUGGCAAAAAAAUGGGUGAGACAGAGAUGGGGUCGACCGUCGAGUCCACUGUGGAAGCGUCUUCUUACACAAGCGAAACGACAAAGACGAUGACAAAGCGGAAAGUGACAACGACGACCACCACAGCAACAAAGGCAACGACAUCAAAGAAGACGACAACGAGGAAGACGACAACAAAGAGGACGACAACAAAGAGGACGACAACGACAACGACGCAGCGGCCCAUCCCACCGUACUCGCUGGCGUGCACGUAUGGGCCGGAUAUCAAGGCGAGUUCUCGGUUCCCAGAGGACGGCGUGUGCGACUACACCUUCCUGGAGCAGAUGCCCGCCUCGCGUGCCAAGGACUUUGGCGGGCCGUACCCGUCCGAAGUGCAGCACUUCAUCAACACCGCGGCGCGUCACACGAAGACCGAGUACGGCGUCGCCUUCGAUUACAAAACACGUAGCCGCACGGCUGCGGCAUCGAAGGACUCCUCCAUGAAAGGUCAUUUGCACAAGUUGUUUACGAAGAGAAUUUUCCAUUACGGCUACAUCAACACCGACACCUACCAAUUCGACAAAAGAGGAAUGGUUGAGUCGCUGCACAUACUAAAGCGGCUUACGAGUUACUUGGAAGACCGGAAGACCCCUGAGCGCCAGAUCUACACCGUAAUGGCGUCGGCAUGGAGUCAGUUCUAUGAUGAAAUCUCGGCUUCGAACGUGGCAGAGGCGUUCAGGACCGUGCUUAUGCCGGACCUAUUCAUCUCGAAAGCGCACCUAUACGAUCUGGACAGCUAUGAUAAGGAAUGCAGAAUUUUGCCAGAGAAUCUACUGAGACAACCAGAGCAUCUUGUGUUCAAGAACAUUUACUUCUUCAACUUGUUUACUGCAAUCAGGCACGCCGGCGACCUGGACAAGAUGCGGAACAAGGGCGUGAAGACGGCGGCACUGUCCGUUUCCGUGGGUCUGUACGGCCGCUGGUACUACGUGCACACCGACUCAUGGAAGCGGGUGAAGAACUACGCCCCUGGUGACGGCUGCAACCAGAAGGAAAAUAGGCACCAGCUCGCUGGCAUCGCCAAGCUCUGCCUUAGCCGGAAGAACGCAACCACACUGAAGUACGGACUCACGGCGGUGGGACUUGAGUUUUCGGAUUACUAUGGCCACUGUGGAAUGGGAAAGUUUCCAUUGCUGACCACAGUGAAGAGGACACUCGAGUUCUUCAAGCAAAAGUACAAGUCCCCGGACGCCUACCAGGACUGUCUGUCAGCGUAGCGUGCUGCUGUUAUUGGCACCGGAAUACAAGAUGUGUUACACGAGUCUGUUACGUUUCUGAUGUUAAGAGUAAGAUAAACUUCUUAGUCGCUGCUA